UUUGCCAGCCUCAUCCACUGUCCAAGCCGUUCCAUCAUCUUAUACUGUACUUACAUGGCGACGGCGACGGCGAUGGCCGUGGCGGGAGCAGCCGCCUCCUGCUCCCUCGCCUGCGCCUCCCGGCCGCCGCGCCCGCCGCGCCGGAGAGGUACCGCGCCGCCGCGCGCUGCUGCGGAGGCGGUGGAGAUACGGGUCUGCACGAACCGCACGUGCGCGCGGCAGGGCGGGCGCGAGGUGCUCGCGGCGCUCGAGGGGCUCUCGCCGCCCCCGCCGCGCGUCGACGUGGCGUCCUGCGGUUGCCUGGGCCGCUGCGGGGCCGGGCCCAACGUCGGCGCCUCCGUCCCGGGCCGCGGCAACGCCGUGUUCGGCCACGUGGGCACGGCGGCCCGCGCCGCGCGGCUCCUGGAGCACCUCCUCGGCGCCGCCGAGUUCGACGCAGCCGCGGGGCUCGCCGCGCUGGCCCUACGGGAGAAGGCCGAGGCCGCGCUCGCCGAGGGGGACGCCGCCCAGGCGGAGGCCCUCUUCACCGAGAGCAUUGCGAUGGAUGCUCCCGGUGGACUGCAUCUGGCCUACGGAGGCAGGUGUAAGGCGAGACUGGCGAUUGGGGAUACCGCCGGCGCGCUCGCGGAUGCCGAUGAAGCGACAAGGAUAGCUCCCAAAUUUCCUCAGUUUAUCGGACAAUUAUACACACUUAAAAUUUGGUGCUUGCCUUUCUUGAUAAAAGCUGCACGUAACCUUCCUGCCUCUGAAGCAUCAAGUCUUGUGGGCAAUAUAUAUGCAGUGUCACUUGUUGCGAGGGGACGCGCUGUUUGCAAUGGGAGAGUACCACUCGGCAGAGGAUGCGUUUGCACGCGCCUUGGAUCUUGACCCAUCUAUUCGUCGCUCCAAGUCUUUCAAGGCCCGCUUGGAAAAGCUACGGGAGAAGCUUGUCAGUGUCAGCAGUUCAUCAUAGUUCACACUGAAAACUGCACUUGUAAGAUGAGAUGAAAAGGUUCAUCAAGCAAGAAAUGUAUGUAUAGCUUGUGGGUUCACCAGUCUAUAUAAUUCUCAAUGCAACCUCUGCAAGUGUCACAUCUAGCUAGCUUUGCUCGUUCAUUUUAACAUUAUGUAGUGUACAGAGAUCUUCCGUUGACUCCUUAGAAGAAAGAGGCGAUGUGUUGACCAUCAUUGUUGUGUCCAUGUACUUUGGAACUCGAUAUAUCAUGUUUGAAAUAA